CAAUUGACAGUGACACUGAUAAAUAACUGUCAUCUUAAAUUUAAGGUUUUCGUGUUCGUUUUAAUGAAUUUUUGAAUAAAAAUUUACAUUUCUUCUAAUAGUAUAUACACAUAGUUGAACAGCAGAGAAAUAAUGUCCUUGUCACCCUGGUUAAAAUCACCUUUCACUGAUUUAACAGGAUCUUUGGUAAAUCAUCAAUGGUAUGGAGAAUGUGCCGACCUCGAAUUGAAAGUUUUGGAUUGUUUGGAAGCCUAUGGUUUAGAUAGGGGCUUGAAGAAGUGCGAUUUACUCAUCGAUGAUUUUAGAGAAUGCUCUUUGAGAACCAAACAAUUUAAGAGGAUGCAAGCUAUGAGAAAUGAGAGGCACCGUCAGUAUUUUGCUGGUGAAAGAACCAAAGAAGAGAAAUAUGCCAAAGCACCCACUCCUGAUAGCUAUUAAACACAAUUGUAUAAGUGAGGAUUCUUGUAGAUGAUAUAGUUCUAUUUAAAUAAAUUCUAAUAAAACGUU